AUGUCAGCAAUUCUGUUCAACCUGGCUAUUGACUGGGUCAUGAGGAAAACAACAGAGGAUACACCAAGAGGCAUAAAGUGGACCCUCUUCUCCACCCUGGAGGAUCUUGAAUUUGCCGACGACCUUAACUUCGAGAGCGGCACAGUGAGUAACUUCGUGCUACAUUCUCCUGUCUGGCUGGGUCAGCUGGUGUCUUUGAGGGUGUGGACAGACGCUGGGGGUGAGAGUCCAGACUGGAUGCUGCAUCACGUGGUCGUUCAAGAUCUGGCGUUUGGAAGCAGCUACCUAUUCGUAUGCGAGGACUGGCUCUCCCUCACUCGUGCCGAUGGUCACAUCAGCCGCAACCUCCCUCUGCUUACCUCGUCUCACGUGACCAGCGCUUUAUCCAGGCAACGGCUGUACCAGGACCACCUGUGGCUCUCGUUGGCCCGUCGACCUACCUACAGCACGUUCACACGCGUACAACGCUACCUUACUGCCCUCGCCUUGCUGUACCUGAGUAUGCUGGUCAGUGCUAUGUUCUACGGCCCGGCUGGUGAAGACGAGCAAUCGGACACUGGCUCGGAGCUCACUCUCGGACCUUUAGCUUUGGGAUACAGACAGGUAUAUGUGGGUGUCGUCUCUGCAGUGGUCGUCCUCCUACCAGGCCUCCUCAUCACGGUGUUCUUCACUCGCCGCCGUCUCAAGAACCAAAAAGACAACACAACGAUGACUUCUAAAGUUCCCUCCGAGCAUAUUCAAUCUACGAGGAGGAUCUCGGGAGUUAGUAGCAUGCUUGGAAGUAUAACUGUACCCGAUGACCCCUGUUCUACAGCUCCCAAAUUACCUCAGUAUCGACCGAGCGGUUUUUCUGGAGACCAGUGCGAUUUGAUCAGAUGCUCGACCAGUCAUCUUCAAAGACAGCAGAUAGGAACCACAGCUACAAAUAAUAGCCCAAUACCUGAAAGCACAUCACCUUGUCAAGACGAAACCUUACGGGACAUUGUGGCUAACCUUCCUGAUACUCACAACCAGCACGCUAGUAUACUCAAAGGGAUCAUUCUCAGCUUGGUUCCGAUGGUCGACAACUGGCAGAAUAACCAGAAGACAGGCGAUAACGCAACUGCCCUUGGCGACCAAAGUGUACUCGGCUGUGCCGUUCAAAACCAGGACACCCAACUGUAUUAUGAUUCCGACAAUACAGAAUACCAGGACGAGUAUUUGGACGAAAAUGUCGUCAUUGAUGAGGCCAGUGGGAUUAAAUCAAAGACAUAUUAUUUUCUGCCUUGGUGGUUCAUAUUUAUCGCUUACUUGGUGCUGGUUGUUGCUAUUUUGGUCAGCGCGACUUUCACCUUUCUGUACAGCUUGCAGUGGGGAGGGCAGACAUCAUACGAGUGGAUUGUCUCCCUCGUUUUCUCCAGCUCCUUGGGAACUUUUGUACUGGAGCCCAUGAAGAUUUUCCUCCUGUAUGCCGUCAUGUCGUGCCUAUUUCGGAAGAUCGCAGUCGCAGAGUUGUCAGUCGUUGCGCCCUUUGACCCCCAGCAGCCUCUGCCAGAACCUGUCCCACCGUGUCCCACCCCGUGCCCAGAACCUCUAGAAGACGGCCGCGAGCUGCGCAGACGACGGAAGGAGCUCAAUCUACAAGAGCGCAUGCGCCAUGUCCUCAAAGGGUUUGGCUACCGGACCGCCAUGAUGAUUCUCGUGGGCGUGGUCGCUUUGCACUCUGAUGUGUGCACAUCUUUCUACCAAAACAAUGUCAUCAAAGAGCAAAUGCUCGCGAAUACUGUCAACGGGCGUCCCGUUCAGACCAUUGACGAUAUCUGGGACUGGCUACAUAACCAUUUCCUGCAGAAAGUCACGCCUACCUUGUGGCCAAACAACGUUCCAAUGAGCCCCUACCAACGAAGAUUCACUUCCGACCUGGAGCACUACCGACUGGGUCCAAUCCGGUUAAUGCAAUACCGAGUCCAAGGUUCCCGUCUCGUUCCCAGACCAAUCGCCAAGUUUUUCUCCAAUUCUAUUCGCUGCUGUCACGACUACAGCCAGGACUCGGAGGAGACAGGACAUUUUGCCCCUGGUUGGCUGACGUGUGGUCAAAGUUGUAACGAGUCAGCGUUCACAUACUCUGAAAACCACGAUGAUCUUGUCCAGUUUGGUCAGAGGUUCAGCUACGGCCCAGGAGGGUACAAGGCUUUGCUGAGAGGUUCAAGGAACGCUGUAGCAGGGACCUUAGCAGACUUAGUAUCCAGUGGCUGGUUAGAUCAAAAGAGUCGAGCGCUGUUGGUCCACUUGACUGUACUGAAUGCUAAUACGAGGCUCUUUACACAGUGCCGAGUGAUGUUUGAAAUGCCCAGCACGGGGGGUGUGACUGCCACCACUGACGUCACAUCUGCACGACUGUAUCCAUACACCUCUGUGUGGGACUUCCUUGUCCUUUUGUUUCAGAUCAUCUACUUGACAACAGUCGUGGUAAGAUGGAUACGUCUACUGAGAACAGUGUACACCUUCAAGGGGCGGAGCAAGAGCACCUUGACAACUGUCUUGGUCGAGGGGUUGGAGCUGUUGAUGGGCGUGGCUGCAAUAGUGACGUACGCCGUGCGUAUCCACUACACUUUGCCUUUGGUGGAGAGACUGCAUAACCAGCCAGGUAUUGAAAUAUAA